AUGGCUCCGCUGACACGGAAGAAAACUGGAAAGUUUCUGGGCUCGGCCCUGAACAUCACCAACCGCUACCGGGUCAACAGUAGCAGCUUGAGCAAAGUGAGCCUCGCCAUUACGAAUCUGAAAGUGAUCCAGAACGCACCGUUGCCGCCGCCGAUCAGUGCGAUGCUUGCGUCGGACAUUCCGCCCGUGUGCAAGUUCCUGCCGUCGUAUCGGCUCUGCUCGCGUAAUCCUUUCAACCGUGAGGCGUGCGAAGUAAUAAUGCGCGAGUCACUGGAUAAGUCGUUGCAGGGCGUGGAAUACAGCUCGUACUUUGCGCCUUCCUUGUGCCAGCAGAUCUGCGAGGACAUUAAGUCGCGCGUCAAGGAGCUUAAGUUUGACAGGUACAAAAUAAUUGUCACUGUCACCAUCGGCGAGCGCUACAUGCAGGGGCUGAAAGCAAUCUCCCAAUUCCUCUGGGAUGCCGAAAAGGACAGCUAUGCAACGUGCAUCUACGACGCUUCGCCGAGUCUGGUGGCUGUAGGGACAAUUUAUGCCAUUUAUUUCGAUUAG